AUGGUAUUAACCGAUGAACAACGAGCGACAAUUGAAAGAAACAAAGCAGAGGCCUUGAAGCGCGCAGCCGCUCGGAAAGCCCGAGAGGCGGCGGCAGAGCUGCAACGGAAGCCGCAUCUUGUGAAACCUCUUGUAGGUUUUUUUUUUUCUGAAUUAUUGCGAAUUGUUGAACCGAGAAAAAAUUUUUUGCUCAUUUUCUCCAUCAUCGCAGCCAAACUUGCAGUUGUCAACGACAAACUUCUCACGCCGUCCCACCUCCGGCAGCUUGUACACUAAUCGAUCAACUGUUUCGGCGACAGUAUGUUUUCUCUUUUUCUUCGUGGGCGGCGCUUCAAUUAUUUAGUGUUUUUAGCAUCCAACUAAGCUUUCAUCAACAACAAACGCAUCUUCUACGAAUGCCUCGCAAAACUUUCAAGUUUGUCUAAAAUUGUUUUGUUUGUUUGGCAUACAUGGGCUAACCGACAGUUUUUUGUGACGCGAUUUCUACGAUUUCCUGCACAUUUAUCGAUCGCUCGGAGCGUGAAUAAGAAAUGUCCUAUCAAUUUACCACUCAAUAUAAUCGUAAAAGCUCAAUAAAUAAUAUGGAGACAUUCUCAACUGCCUAGAAAGUCACCUGAAUGAAUAGGGGUGUACGAAAAAAUACCCUGUUAGCCCAUGUAUGUUUUAUGGUUGAUUAAAAAUGCGAUCGAAAAAAAAAAUCCAUAUAUAUAUGUAUAGGGUAAUGAGAAGCCGCCACCACACAUCCAACAAAUUUUGCGCGAACCGCUUGCGGCCCCUCUGAGGGGAAUCAUUCCGGCUGCAGUCGAACCUUCGAUCAGCAACCUUCUUUUCCCGUAUCAGCGAGCUGGUGUCGAGUUUUUUACACUUGAUGCGUGCAUUUCGCUACAUGUUUUGUGUCACUUUCAGGUUUGGUGUGCAGAAAAACGGCCGAGUUUUGGUUGCCGACGAAAUGGGUCUUGGAAAGUCGGUUCAAGCUCUCGCUAUUGCCCGAUGUUAUAAGUUGGUGUUGUUUUUUUUUCUCAAUAAAUCCCGAGGCAAUCACAAUGAUCAUUUAUUGACCGUUUUUAGAUCAGAAUGGCCAUUGUUGGUGGUAUGUCCCGCUUCGGUAAAGGCUGCAUGGAAAUCGGUAGGCAUCGUUGAUAAAUCAUUGAAAAAAAGUUUUUUAUUCUCUCAUACUUCUAGCAGUUUGAAAGUUUUCUUCCCACUGUCACAAAUGUUUGCGUAAUGGCGAAAAGCAUGGACCCUUGGCCCGAAGAGAAGAAUUCAAAUACGGUACGUAGUUUUUUUUUCAGCAUUUUUCAUAGUUUGAUUUUCUGAAGGUCGUUAUUAUGAGUUAUGACCAGAUGAUUUUACGAGAUGAACAGUUGAAGAGCGAAAAAAUCAAAGUCGUCAUUUUUGUGAGUUUCAGCUAUAAUCGUUUUUGUGUUUUCUCAUUAUCAAUUCAGACAUUGGUAACGCGAAACGGACGUGUUCCGGACGUUUCUGCGCGAUUUUAGGGAUCACUUAAGAGUGUUGAGGCUACUAAAGUGGUCACUAGAAAUACCCCGACACGUCCGAUUCGCGUCCCGUUCGCGUUACCAAGGUCCGAAAAUGUCCUUUUUUUUUUAGGACGAAUCGCAUAUGCUCAAGGAUUCCAAAGCAAAGCGGACACGUGUUGCGACCGAUUUGUCGGCUAGUUUAAUUUUUCACCCUAUCGUAAAAAUACGGCAUUUCCGAUUGCGAAGAAUCCUUUUCCUUUCAUUUUCUCAAUAAACAUUUCGUUUCUUAUAUGAAUAAGGUAGUUGAUCCAAGAUCGAAACACAAAAAAAGAAAUUAAUGUUAAUAAAAUAAAAAAAUAAAAGGGGGGUUAGCGCCGUCUAUUUAUAAAAUCUUUUCCUCCAGCUGUUUCCUCAGAUCAUUCAUUCGAUUUUGUGAUGUUGUAUUUGUUGUAUUUGUCGUGCAGAUUGCGGAACGUCGAUGAAACUCUUGAAAUCAAUGAAUGAAUGAAUCUUCUAUAAACCGAAAAAGGAAAAAAAGUCGGAAUCUUCGGAGUCGGAAAGUUCCCUAGUAAUAUGAAAACAUCGGAAAAAUCGCCGUUAUAAAUUUCGCUUAUUUUUUUUUCUUACUAACUCAUUGAGAUUUACGUUAAGAGUAGUUGGUGGACAAAAAAACUACAUCCUUUCUUACCCUUUCUUUUCAGAGAAUUGCACUUCGGGUGAUUUUAUUGUCUGGCACACCGGCAUUGUCUUGUCCCGCCGAGCUAUUCACUCAACUAAGAAUGAUUGAUCCUUUUGUAUUCCCAAACUAUCGCGAUUUUGCCAUGCGCUACUGCAAUGGCAGAGAGGGCAGGUUUGGAUUCGAAGUUGGUCAUUUUUUUUUCUGUUUUUCUCAUAAGACACAAAAAACGGUCUUCUUUUCUUUACACAAAGGCAAAUUUUUUCGCGUGAUAGCCGCUUUCCGACUUUUCGCCCAUAAUGUUAAAGUAUCGUAAAUGGAUGAGUAUUUUUUGGGUUUUCGUCCGUAACUUUAUCAAAAACAAUCAUUUUGACCUGAGAUUUCAACAAAUUGAGUAAACUGAUGUUAUUGACAAUUUUCAAACCGGCUCAAUCAAUAUCAAUCAAUCAAUAUUUAUUGGUUGUUUUAGUCAGAUGGAAUCGACUAGGCGGUGAAAAAAUUGCUCUUUUGAGCGGCACUAACACCGCCUUUGGCGAAAAAGAAGUCAAAACGUGUAUUCGGUUGAAUUGAAAGCAUGGUCUUACGGUCCUUCUCUUCGCUCUUCCACAAGUUGAUCCCUCCGUUUCGCUUGUACGGGCACGGCGGGGAUGGUGGGGCUCGGGCACGGACACCGUGUACACUCUAGGGUAGUCUCGGCCGAUCGAGAGAGCUACCACUUCGAGUGA